AUGGUGUUCCAAGCUGAACAGCAGUAUUGUGAGCACUUUUCAUCCAGCUCUCCUUCUGCGAGACGUAAACAUGUUGUCUUGAACUUGUUUUCCGCGACCACCUGGACUUUGCUGGCACUCGUGUUCGGCCUUUUAUUGCUGUAUGGCAUUUGGCCAUAUAGUCUUUUCAAAAAACUGAAAAUACCGGGACCGAGGCCCUUCCCGUUUAUUGGAACAUUUCCAUACUACAGAAAGGGAGUCAUUUCUUUUGACGGUGAAUGUCAAGCCAAGUACGGGGACGUCUGGGGGUUGUUUGAUGCACGAUUACCAGUUAUAUCGGUAGCAGACCCUGAGAUUAUUAAAACCGUGAUGGUGAAGGAAUGCUACUCUACGUUCACCAACCGCAGGGAAAAUACAAUUGCAGGACCUAUGGCUGAUGCAAUUACAGCAGUUAAAGAUGAGAGGUGGAAAAGAAUGCGCAGCACUUUAUCACCGUGCUUCACCAGUGGAAGACUGAAACAGGUUUUUCCCAUCGUGGCUCGCUAUGCAGACCGACUCGCCGAAAAACUUGGACAAAUGCAGUUGGAUGAACCUCUGGAUAUCAAAACAUUCGUGGCCCCUUAUAGUUUAGAUGUUGUGACCAGUGCCUCCUUCAGUGUUGAGUCAAACUCCAUAAACAAUCCAGAUGACCCACUUAACAUUCACCUCAAGAAGAUCCUUAACAUGAGACUGUGGCCUUUCUUUCUACUAAUGGUAUUUCCCUUUGGCGCCCGUUUGCUGGAGCUCCUGAAAAUUGAGGUCAUGCCCCGUCUCAGUGUGGAUUAUUUCUACAACAUCAUCAAGAGCUUUAAAGACCAGCACGGGGCCGAGGACUCUCGGUACUUCCUGCAGGUGAUGACGCAGAACGAGAUUCCAGAAACGGACAUAAAGAGUGAACAAGAUCAGCCGAGUAAAGGUUUGACUGAGCACGAGAUCCUUUCCCAGGCUUUCAUUUUCAUCUUUGGUGGCUACGAGACCACCAGCGUCACUCUCACAUACAUCCUUUACAAUCUGGCCACCAACCCCGAUGCGUUGCAGACCUUGCUGGAGGAAAUCGACGCCAACCUACCGAGAGACGCUCCACUUCGAUACGAGGAUGUGGUCGGUCUGGAAUACCUGGACCAGGUUUUGUCUGAGUCUCAGCGUUUGAUGCCCACUGCACCUCGGCUUGAGAGGGUGUGCAAAAAAACUACCCAGGUGCACGGCCUCACCAUCCCCGAAGGAGUCAUAGUCAGCGUUCCAGUGCACCUGUUACACAAGGACCCGCGCUUUUGGAGCUCACCUGAGCUUUUCAGGCCCGAGAGGUUCAGUAAAGUCGGUGGGGAGGAGGUGAACCCGUACGCGUACCUGCCGUUCGGGCUCGGCCCUCGUAACUGCGUGGGGAUGCGCUACGCUGUCCUCACCAUGAAGACGGUUCUACUCCGCCUCCUGCAGACUUACACCGUGGAGACGUGCAAAGACACCGUGAUUCCGAUGGAGUUUAAUUGGAUGGUCCAACCCAAACAGCCAAUAAAACUCAAGUUUGUGCCAAGACAGUAGUAAUUUAAAAAAAAAGGGGUUUCUCUGAAUAUGCCCGGCUUCUAGAAUUGCUCAAUUGUUCCUUUCACAACUGAUGAAAGGAUAAGAAUUAAAGUUUUUAAUCUAAUAUUUUAA